GCUUGAAGCGAGCUGUGCGUCUUUAAAACCGGGGGUGCUUGAUACGUUUUUAUUAAUCGUAGACCUUAUCAGUUUUUAUGUAUAUAUAUAUACAUGCAUAUAUAUUACUGAAUAAUGUUAUCAGUCAUUGUAACAGUGUUGGCAGCAUUUGCACUAGUUGCAGCCGGACCGCUGAGUACGUGCACUUCAGAUCAAUUUGCGUGCCAGAAUGGCGACUGCAUUAAUGGCACACUGAAGUGCGACGGUGUCAAGAAUUGCGCAGACGGCAGCGAUGAGAUCUUCAAUACCUGCUAUAACACAACCUGUGGAGAGAAUUUCUUUCGCUGCUGCUACGGCGGCUGUGUGCCCGAGCAGCAGACAUGCAAUGGGGACUACGAUUGUUGGGAUAAAAGCGAUGAAAAUAAAUAUUUGUGUGCGUAUGGGGAAAGCAUGGACAAAUUGCUAGCCAAAUUGACAGGUAGCUGCAGCGACUUUUAUGCACUGCAAUGCAAGGAUGACGACAGGUGCCUGAAGUGGAGUCAAUUGUGCGAUGGCCAUAGGGAUUGUCCCAACGGUGACGACGAGUAUCCGGAUGUGUGCGGAGCCAGCAUAUGUCCCCUCGGUUCGUUUCGCUGCGAGACUGGCGCCUGCAUCAAUGGAAACGGUCUCUGCAAUCGGAUUAUCGACUGUCCCGAUGCAAGCGACGAAAUACCCGAAGUAUGCCUCAAGAAGGAACCACAACCUAACACAGUCUUAUUUGAUCCAACUGAUGCGGAGUAUGCGCCAGCCCCCUACGUCUGGUGGACCCACUCUUGCCCCUUGAAGACCGUAAAGGCUAUGCGAGUGGAGGAAUACUUUUCACAAUUUACGUUCAGGCCAGAUGACGAGGUGCCGGACCAAACCAUUGUGUCCCUGACUUGUGAAAGCGGCUACGAGAUUCUUGGAUCCAGUAUCAAUAAAUGCGAGAACGGCAAGUGGAUGGGAUCUGAUUCACUCCCCUCAGUCUGCAUUCGUGUCUGCGGUCAAAGCCCGAUUGUACGCAACAUCAGCUAUGCGACGCAGUGCGUUUCCAAUAGGGAUGUUUUGGAUUGCAAACAAAAUGCGCUCAUGAAGGACACCAAAUUGUUGGUAACUUGUGGGCCAGGCUUUAGGGCCAAAUCGCAUGCCAAUCAAUUGGGUCGACACAGCUGCAAUGAGGAUGGCGUGUGGGUUGUUGAAGAGGCCAAUCCAACUUGUGAGCCCGUCUGUGGUGUCAAAUCUCCGCAACAUCCCGACACCACUCCCUGGUCUGUGAGCAUCUUUCAGCGCAGCUCAAGAGUCCAGCCGAACUAUAACUUCAGAUGCUUGGGCACCAUACUAACACCGUAUAUUGUAAUUACGGCAGCGGACUGCUUUUCGAAUAUGUCUGAAAGACAUUCACAUAUUGAAUACACCAUCGCUGAGGGCAAUCACAAUGUCGACUUCAAUCAGAAUGAGGAACAUGGCUAUAUUCUACACAACAUUUUGGAUAUAAAUUUGGUCGCGCUCAUCACGGGGCAGAAGACAGCUUUAGUUACUUUGGUUAAACCCUUUAAACUAGGUGCUCUGGUCCGACCCGUUUGCUUGACAGCAAUUCAGGCAGAUCUUGCAGAGGUCGAGAGUUCUGGAGACUUCAGUAAGCAACAGUUGGGUGAGGGGCUGACGCUGUAUGAGAACGGGAAGUACACCCUAACACACUUUGUGGCCAGCGAAUCGGGCAAAUAUAAUAUUCAAGCUUUUCUCAGCGGUAUCAAAAAUGAAAUAGCUAAGACCGAGCAAAGUUCUUGAACACUUGACUGUAAUUUGAUUGAAAAAUAAAUAACAAGUAAGAGGUUCUAGUCGGGAGCUCCCGACUAGGGGAUACCCUGAACCUCUUCUUCCAACACCUAAUGCA